AUGUCCGACGCCCGCUCCCUCCUGCGCCAACAGCGCACCGCCCGCCGCAUAAACCACCCUCACGCCUCCUACACCGACUCCGGCAAGCUGACCUGCACCGUGUGCCGCGAAACCCUCAGGAGCGACGCCCUAUGGGAGGGCCACGCCCGCAGCGCAGGCCACCGCCAACGGCUCCUCGCCCAGCAGAAGUCCAGACAGCAGCAGCAGCAGGCUAGCCCGCCUGCCAGCGCCGCCAACGGCAGCGGGCCCGAAAAGUCUAAACCGGCGGGCACGGACACACUGAGCGACGAGGCCCUGCUGGCACAGAUCAUUGGCGGGGGAGGGGCCGGAGGUGCAGGCGCAGGUGCGGGCGGAGGGCAAAAGCGUAAACAUGGGGACGACGACUCGGAUGUGGAUAUGGACGACGCCGACGCGGCAGAGGAAGAGGAGAGCAUACGCAAGAAGCGAAGCAAGCAGGACAUCACCUCACCGACGGCCUCAAGGCCCUCCUCCUCCUCGGCUGUCGCCGCCAUGCCAAACGCCGCCGCAACGAGCAGCGGCACCAGCAGCAAUGGGAAGAAACACCCACAAGCGGAUGCCGACGCGGGCAAGAAGACCCCGCCCUCGUCGACGCCCCCGGGCCUUACGCGCCGCACCUCAGGGACCCCGUCGCACGGCGUCGAGCUCCAGAUACCCUCGAGACCAGCGACCCCCAACGCGAACGGGACAUCGGGCGGGUCGACACCGAGGGCGGCUCCAAUUGGGAGAAGCCCGCUCAUACCACAGGACGGCCAGGGGUCGGCAUCUGCAACGACAUCCGCCCCGAGGGCCUCCUUCGCGACGCCAGCGACACAGCCGGCAGACACAGCAGCCACGACGACCGCCGAAGAGGACGAGGACUGGGCCGCCUUCGAGGCAGAGGUCGUCAACGCCCCUCCACCAACAACAUCCUCCACCAAUGCCCCGGCCGCCCAACGGACAGCAGCGGCAGACUACUCCUCCGACGCGGUCAUAGCCGCCGCGCCGCUGACGGCCGAGCAGGUCGCCGCCAAGUCCCGCGAGGAGGAGCGCGAGCGGCGGCGGGUGCUCGCCGAGUCCCAGCUCGAGGACGACAAGGAGGAGGCGACGCGGGCGCUGGAGACCGAGUUCGAGGAGAUGGAGGAGCUCGAGGCCCGCGUCCGGAGGCUCAAGGAGAAGAGGGAGGCCAUCCGGCGGGGGAGCGCCCCUAAUGCUGCUGCUGCGGCGGCUGCGGGUGAGGAGCGCGAGGGCGAGGGACCUAAAGUGGAGGCGGACGCGGGCGGGGCUAGGGCGGAAGCAGCAGGUGAUGACGAUGGGGACGACGACGAAGACGAGGGUGAGGAGGACGAUGACUGGGCAGGUUUCAGGUUUAGAGCGUAA